AUUUUCAUUAGUAAAAUUUGAAAGCAUUUGUGAUUUAAUUCGAUUAUUCAUUUCAGCUAACUCGCAAUUUUUUUUAAUUCAUUAAUCAUAUAGUAAGAAAUAUUUAUUUUUUGAAGCAGUGCUUAUAGAAAAGAGGAUUUCAAGGAUUACGAAAGAGCUAAAAGAAAGGAGACCUUUUCAAAUUGCGCAGUUAGAAGUCCUUCCAACUGUCAUUGAGACUUGACGCAACAAGGGUAAACGCGUAAAAUGCAAAAGACGGAAUAAGUACGAAAUAUGUAGAAUGAUUCCGCGUCAAUACACCUAGGUAGGUAUAUUUUUUCAUGUAGUAUUUUCUUCGUUCAGUUUAUCUGAAAAUAAAAUAAUCUAUUCAUAAUUGAUCUUUCUGCAGUAAGAUAUUGGGUAAAUAAAAACAGUAUUAUUUUCUGAUAUUAUUCGAAUUUCGAUAACGACGCAAAAGCAAAACAAGUAACAACGUACUUCACCUAUAAUAAUGCAGGAACCCGAUGCACCAUCCCUCCUUUUCCCUCUUGCCCUACAAAUACCUAUUCUAACACGCGCAACCGUUAAUAUCAUUUCUGCGCCCUGAUUGGUCGAUUCCGUUACUAUUAUGAACCAAUGAGAAACGCGUUUUCAGAGUUGAAAUUCAUAUAAAUAGCAGCGCGACGAAGUUUCUAGUAUUCAUUCUCGUUAAUCUCGUUAGUACAUUUUUACUAGUGUUACUCGUGUUCAUACAACCUCAACAAUGACUGGCCGUGGUAAAGGUGGCAAAGGAUUAGGAAAAGGAGGCGCCAAACGUCAUCGUAAAGUAUUACGUGAUAAUAUCCAAGGUAUCACGAAACCAGCUAUCCGUCGUCUGGCUAGACGUGGUGGUGUCAAACGUAUCUCCGGUUUGAUCUACGAAGAAACCCGUGGUGUUUUGAAAGUUUUCUUGGAAAACGUCAUCCGAGAUGCUGUCACCUAUACUGAACAUGCCAAAAGGAAAACCGUUACCGCCAUGGACGUUGUAUACGCUUUGAAACGUCAAGGAAGAACUUUGUACGGUUUCGGAGGUUAAUUUUGGAAACCCUGUUCCUGUUGUGAAAAUCAAAACGGCCCUUUUCAGGGCCACCA